UGUCCGCAGGCGCUGCUGCAGGCGCACGAUGUGGCUGCGCACGAGGUGUACGGCGAGGAUGCGGUGCGGGUCACCCCGCCGCCCAUGAACCUGCCCUACCUCAAUGGCGAGGGCGAUGAGCUGGAGGGCGAGGACGGCGACGACCCGGCCCUGGACAACGUCACGAGGGUCCGGCUCGUGCAGUUCCAGAAGAACACGGACGAGCCUAUGGGUAUCACGCUCAAGAUGAAUGAGGAUGGAAAGUGCAUCGUGGCCAGGAUCAUGCACGGGGGCAUGAUCCACCGGCAGGCCACGCUGCACGUCGGCGACGAGAUCCGAGAAAUCAACGGCCUGCCCGUGGCCAACCAGUCUGUCAGCACGCUGCAGAAGAUCUUGAGAGAAGCUCGCGGGUCGGUGACGUUCAAGAUAGUUCCAUCGUAUCGCAGCGCACCACCUCCCUGCGAGGUACAGUCCGCGUCGCAAAUGCUCUGGGUCUGGGUUGGGGCGGGGACAGGCAAAUAUAAAGAUUGAUCUCGAUUCGAUUGCGACCGCUCUCCUCCCGGGGUGCGUCUUUGCCGCAGGCGGCGAGCGCGGUGCCAACCGUGUCAACAUCACCCUGCUUCUAUCUGUUUCUCUCUCUCUCUCUCUCACUCCUCUAACUUUCUCUCGACCCUCUCACUCUCUCUCUCUCAGCCACUUUUCCCCUCUCUCCCCCUCCAUCUGUUUCUUGUCUUCCUCUUUCUCACUCUGUCUGUCUCUGCCCUCCAUCUUUCGCUGAGUGUGGCACCCCAAGAUGGCGGUUUUAAUUGAAUUGGAGCGCUUCCUUUUGCUGCGCACUGUCACGCGCCGCGCGGGAAUAUUAAAUCAAAACUAGGGGCCGCGACGGCAGGCCGGGAGGAGGGCGGUCUCUGCAUGGUACCGUUAUUAACAUUUUGGUUCUUAUUUCAUGAUCUAACUAUUGCGUUGUUCUUUCAUGGGGAUCUGAAACAAAUCUCUUGCUCAUUUUGUGGUACCAUGUGCUUGUAUCAUAUGUCAUAUCAUUUUGUGCUAACCUUUGGGUCACUGCCAUCUCCUGCGGCACGCGGCCGUGCAUUCAGGCACCAUCUCCGUGUGCUAGCCCCGCAAAAACUCGGUUCGUAAAUGCGCUAUUGAGUGAGUAAUUUUAUAAAACAAAGUUUAACGAUUGUUGGGAAGUUGUUGCAAAUUUACUCAGCCGUGUACCGCGAACUCACGAACCGUUUCUUCCGGGUGGGACCGGAGAUGGACCCGCCUCGAGGAGCAAGCCUCGUGUCCUGGAGAGAGCAGCGUGGUGUUCUGUCUCUAACAUGUGUGUUUGCUCUCUCUCUCGCUUCUCUGUGGGGGUUUCUCAUGUGACUGUGUUGUGUUCGGUGUAUCAUUGCAAAUACUGCUGAAGUAUAUAAUACGAGACCUUAUCCAAAUAUCCAAAUGGUUCUAUGAGAAUGUGCAGAUGAUUGUUUGUGUCAUGUUGAAGUGUGUUUAUGCGUGGCUGGCCGCCGCGCACUGGGUCCGCUUGCGACAUCUGGCCUAUUUCAAUUUCUCUUUAUGGGCCGAAAGGAAGUUGGAGGCCGAGUCGUGAGCGGGCCGGGGCCGGCGGCGCGCGAGCUAACCUUGUGUCUUUCUCUCCUCCUAGGACUCUUUGCAUGGCGUCUUUAGAUUCUGCCGUACUGCAUGAAUGGAAAGAAGGAAUGGACUAAACGUUUGGACUAACACGACGUAUCCGACUCACUCGACUCCCUUCUCCAUCGACAAGGCAACCGCAUUGAAAGCACGAGGACUAAACCAAUGUAGAUCAACGGGUUUGUUGCAGCGCAAAGCCCGGGAUGUACUGAAAAACAAUAAUUGACCAGUCAAUACCGUGGUUUUCCUUUUUGGUAUUUUGAUUUGUUUACUUGGCGAGCCGUGUACUCUCUGGUGGUUGGCCGUUAUGAUUGCAGCGGCUGAGGUGAUUAGCCCGCUCGCACCUCAGCGCAAAUCAAGUUGGGUCGC